CAGCCCUCAGACUGGGAUCAUGCCUCCAACUCAAGGCCCUCGGUGAUCGGGACCUGACCCCUCGAAUCGUUGUGUUAGACAGGAAGGUUCCAACAAAAGCCGAAGGAUUUCUCGCACUCGACCCGACUCCCCGUUUAUCUCCGCAGUGAGACAAGAUGAAGAUGGCAUGGGUGAUCAUACCCCAGGGGGAACAGGAACAACCACCACACGGAUAAGGGCUGAGGAGGCUAAUACCUCAGGCGAUGACCGCACAACACAGCCGCCCAUUGAACCGGGCGAGGCAGAAUCGGCCAUGGGUAUUGCUCGAAAGAUCUGUGAGCUCGGCAGUCAGCAUCUCGAUGAACAAACCACCUCUGCCAUUCCGGGUUACUCUGCCACUAACAGCGCGCCACUGGUACAAGAGUCUGUUGCGGAUCAUCGACGACCAAUCUCAUCUAUCUUCGGUCAGCCGUUCCCUUCCAUAGACCUCGUAUAUACCCUCUUGGAUGAAUACUUUGAUGCCGUUCAUUGGUUUUCGCUGGUGGUCCAUGAACCCAAGUUUCGCAGGAGACUCCAUUCUAUCGCCGAUGGGUGUGCUCAUCCCGCCCAACGCCCAUUUCUUCUUUUAUUAGCUGUUAUGCUCGGGAUGGCGGCGUGGUACCGAUCGCGACGCAGCGGUCCGGAUGCCGCCCAGGACUGGGGCCAAUGGAGUUCUAAUCUGCUCAAGCUAGCCGAGUCCAAUUUGAUGGAUAUGAUGGACCAGCCGUCUGUGCUCGCCGCUCAGACUUGCAUCCUCAUAGGAUCACACAACCUUUAUCAUGGUCGUCCCAAUCUUUCAUUCACCCUCCUCGGAGCUACCAUCAAGAUGGCGCAUGCGAUCGGCCUGCACCGGGAGCCCCCACAAGGAGACGUGGACGAGAUCGAAGAACGAAAACGAGUGUGGUGGACAAUUUAUACGUGGGAUAGAUUUGCUUCCAUCACCUAUGGAACGCCGUUGGGUAUUAACGACAAGGAUUGUAACCUGAGCAUGCCGGCGGAUGUCUUCGAGGAUCCAUCAUUUGGGGCGCCACGACCCGAUCACAGGGAGCCAAUCUGUUAUUCUCCAUAUCAACGGGAACUGAAUCGACUCUAUCUGAUUGCUUCACCUGCGCUGGAAACAAUUUUUGGUUCUCGAACCUCACAAACAUCCCAGGAGUUGGUCGGUGAUACCUUCGUAACCUUAGUCAAGCAGGCGACGGAAAAUCUACAAGUCUGGAGGCGGAGUCUACCUACCCACUUGGUUCUUGAUCUCCGGUACGAUUUUCAGAUGGAUGGCCGGCAGAGCUCAAAAGCGCACGCCCUACAGGCUUUGGCCCUGCAGUUGACAUACGACAACAUCUUGAUAGUCCUUCACCGUCCUCUGAUCGCGCGGCAGGUCGACCACCUCUCCACCAACAAACUCUCGCCGGGAGGAAGCGAGGUUGAUCCUACAGCUUUUCUAUCACCCCCCUUAUCCUCAGAGACCCCAUCUCGCUCACCCUUUGAAGCUACUCUGGUCAAGGCACAGACCGCCAGCUCCGAAUUCUGGAUGAAGGCCGCCGUCCGGACGUCGAGGGUGACGGAACAACCGGUACUCGCCCAGCUCGCUACCGACAGCCACCUGGUUGCCUUUUUAGCGAUUAGCCUCUUCAAUGCUGCCAUCGUGUUGGCUGUGAUGGCACUGUCAGACCCUUUGUCCGACACAGCGCAAGAAGUCAAGCGGACUAUGACUCGCAUCCUACGACUGCAGGACCUUUUGGGCAAGCGGUCGGCACUGUCGAAACAGAGUACCCAUGUCCUGAAAAAGGUCAUCACGAUGCUCCUUCGUCGAGAGUCCGCGGCCAUGCUAGCUCCCUUGACAGGCACUGCUGCAUUUAUAGAUUAUGAUUCGAACAAGCAGGCGCCUCCUGAAACCUACCCCAUGUCCGUUGAAGACACGCUUCGGUUACCACUGGACGCACCUUUAGACUUGUCGGAGCCGGUGAGUGACAGUCAGGGGGGCUCGGAUGUCAUUCGGACUCAUCGGCUGAACGAUAGCCUCACUUCCGUUCAAUAUUGUAAGCACCUUUUCCCCGGUGGUCUAGCAGGACAACUAAUAGCUACCGACUCAAGUAAUGGUUCCUGGCAAUGAUUGUACUCUCCACGUUCCAGUUCUCGGGGACAGUCAACGAGACCAUAUGCCUGUGUAUUCAGGCAUCCCGCCCACGGACCAAUGGCAACCCGCUGUUCAAAAUCCUUGGCAGAGUAGCUCACCAUCUGCUACGCAAGAGAGCCAUUACGGUAAUG